CAGCUCUGGAGAGUGGUUGGAGUUGAUACGGUCUGUCUGAUCUCAAUGAUUGUGGAUGGCAUCUGACGUAGCUCCUGAAUUUAUAGUUGCUGGCGCACCCUGGGGGCUCUGAGUGAGAUUCUCUGGUGCCUAGUGAGACCAUCCGACCUCCUGCGCAACACAGAGAUCAUUUUUUUCGGCAUGCAAGUCUUUACGAUCUUUCCUGAGGUCUUUUGAUUGGAGAGCUUCGAGCAGAUGCCUCCCGGAUAGGAGUGACGGCCUCUUUGGGUUGGUGCGGUGCUCAGUUGCGCUGACCCGAGAGCGUCUACCAGAAGCGUCUGGAGGCAUGUCCAACGCAGGCUUUGAGGUUGACUUGGUUUCAGACACGGAUAGUGGGUCUUCUGAGGAAGCAACAGGCAGUGAGGACGAAGUAGCAGCAUGGAUUGGCUGGUUUUGUUCACUGAAGGGCAACGAGUUCUUCUGCGAGGUGGACGAGGAGUUCAUACAGGACGAUUUCAACCUGAGCGGCCUUAGCAGCCAGGUGUCCUACUAUGACUAUGCGCUGGACUUGAUCCUGGACGCUGACUCGCCCAGCACAGAGAUCCUGACAGAUGAGCAGCAUGAGCUCGUGGAGAGCGCGGCGGAGACUCUGUAUGGCCUCAUCCAUGUUCGCUACAUCCUCACCAGCCGUGGCAUGGGGGCCAUGUAUGAGAAGUACAAGGCGUGCGAGUUUGGCCGCUGCCCGCGCAUGCUCUGCAACGGGCAGCCCUGCCUGCCUGUCGGCACCUGCGACGUGCCCAGACAGAGCACAGUGAAGAUCUUCUGCCCCAAAUGCCAGGAGACUUACUACCCGCGCUCAAAGUACCAGGGAAAUGUGGACGGCGCCUUCUUUGGCACGACAUUCCCACACCUCCUGCUGAUGUCAUACCCGGGCAUGCGGCCGCAGCAGCCGCCAGAUCGCUAUGUCCCGCGCGUGUUCGGCUUCAAGCUGAAUGCCGCCGCGCUCGCGCCGCCAAACGAUUCGCGCGAUGCCCAGCGCAAUGAUGCAACUGCCUCCAGGCAGGGGGUUGCAGGCAAUGCGGCGCCUGCCAACCACACAGAACGGACGCGACCACAGGCCAAACGCAAGGAUGAUGCAGGGCCCAGCCAGGCCAGGAGCAGCCAGCGGCUGCAUGGUUGAUGUGAUGACAGUGGCACGUGAUGUGAUUCUCGAUGGGUGACACAUCAUACCGAUUAGGGCUGUGCAGGCAGUGCGCUCAGAGAGAAUGGCGGCUUCUUUUGAGCUUCUGCCUCGCUGGCCUUCUAAGAAAUGGCAGUGCCUGUCACAAAACAUUCUUCACCCAUCUGCUUUGGCCACCGUGAUACAACAGGCCUACCAAGCACGAUGCAAUUUCCUCUUUCGGGUGGUCGUUAAAGGACACUUUGACGUUUGAAUACUUGCUAGGUUAUAGCCCAGAGGUGCCAGUGGCUAAAUGUGGCAUGUUGUUCCUGUUUGCCAAGCCCGUCCUCGGAACAUAUUGUGGAGUUGGAAAAGCAGGGAAAUGCA